AGGAGGCUACAUAGUAACCACUUUAACCCGCCGCUAAGAUCUCUUCGCUCGUCUCAUCUCCCAAGCGAACAGAGACUAUGCGAUCCUUACGAUCCUUCUCGGCAUCUGCGGAUUUUAGGCGCCCGACUAUAAGACGCCCAACAACCCGGCAGCAAAGACGACAAUAAGCUUACUUCUUCCACCUCUCCGCAACACAACACACACUUCACGAUGACAUCCAGCCAAGCCCCCGAGAUCACCCUGUACCGUGGCUUCCCCUGGCCUGGAAAAUAUACCUGGUCCCCCUUCGUCACGAAGCUCGAAGCUCGUCUGCGCUUUGCGGGGAUCUCGUAUCGCACGGACGCCGGGUCACCGCUCGGCAGCCCGCGGGGUAAGAUUCCGUACGUCGAUAUCACUGACCGGACGACGGGCGCGAAGACCACCAUUUCCGACUCGGCUCUGAUCACCCGUGGAUUCAUCGAGGAUGGGGUAAUCACUGAUCUUAAUCACGAUCUCGAUGCGGAGAAGAAGGUGUUGGAUGCUGGAGUAAGGGCUCUGUUGGAGGACCGGUUGUAUUUCUAUCUGAAUCACGAGAAAUGGAUUGAGAACUACUACGAGAUGCGAAAACACGCCCUAAGCGCGCUGCCGUACCCGGUCAAGGUGGGCGUGGGAUACUAUAUCUACCGGAGACAGAGGGAGAUGCUGUACAAUCAGGGCACCCUGCGAUUCACAUUGGAAGAGCUGAAAGGAUUCAAGGAGGACGUUUGGAUGAGUAUAAGCGAGCUGCUGGUGUCUCGCAAGGCCCAGAAGCAGGGUGAUGGGCCGUUCUGGGUGCUGGGCGGCGAGGAGCCGACCGAGGCUGAUGCGGUUCUGUUUGGGUUUCUGGCUGCGUCUUUGGUUUGCUCUGCCUGUCCGGAAACUCAGGCGAUCUUGAAAAGCUUACCUGUGGUGGUGGAAUAUGCGCGGCGCAUUCAUGACCGCUACUUCCCGGAUUACGCUUGCUGGGAGUGAAUGCCCGUUUGACGAUUUUUAUGAUCCAUGUUAUUCUUCUCUAUCGUUCGUGUAUGCAGUUUAAUCUAAGUAAUACCAAAUCGUCUUUCAGAU